UUAAAGAAUAAAACUUUUAUUUUAAGAAAAGGAUAUAGAAGAGGCUCAUUGUAACAUUAUUGUUAUAUGAUUACAAAUUAGAAGCACAAACCCAUGCAUUGUUAGCCAGAUCCUCUCAGCCUAAGAGUUAACAGCCUGAUAUUGUAGCACUUAGUACUAUUGUGAAUUGGCCAGCCGACAUAACCGAAAGAGUUCAACGUAGUGAAACCCAAAGUAGUGUUAAAAUUAAGCAAGAGCUUUGGUAUUAUUAAAAGGAAAUGCCUCGAUGUAAUUUAAUUUUUUAAAUAAUUAACUGAACCUUUUCUUUUGUCUUCCAUCAAGACAUCAAGCACCUCCUCCAGUGGGUUGAGGAUUCCCAAGUGACAUUUACGUAUCGAAAAGGCAAUGGAGUGGCGGACAGAAUAGCGAAGAAGUCUCUUUUUUUUAGAAUCAUGAUCCUAAGUUGUACUCUAUAGUGCUAAUAUGGGUUAAACCCUUUGUGGAAAUAGAUAAUUUGUAACUGAAUAUUAGUUAAUAUGAAGUUGAAGUUGAGCCAAAAAAAAAAGUUUAGACUCUCUAGCUAUCAUAAACCAGUGUCGUUUUUCUAUGGUGGGCACACGAUUUGUUUAGUCAAAGCCAACAAAAAAUUCCACUUCUAUAUUAGAUUAUCAAUUCUUUGUUAAAAAGAAAUUAAAACUAAUUUUCGCCACGUGUAGAAACGAUAUCAAUUCUUUGCUAGUUAUAAAUAGAGACCCUCCUCCUCCAAAAGGCCCAACCAAUUCCACAUUAAAAAUAUUAGUGCCUCUCUGUUUCUUUUUACCAUUUGCACAAAAUCGUUUUGUUUGCCUCCAACCAAAAGACUUCAAAGCACUAGAAUUUGUCUCUUUAGUUCUUUUAUCUCUAAACCGCACAAAACCAGUUUACUCGUCUCGAGAAUCAUGUGUAACUCAAAACCAUCUUCUGCUUCCUCUUCCUUAUUAUCUUGUAAAGACAAAACCCAUUUCUCAAAACUCGAAACCUGUGAUACAGAUAAUCCUCAUUAUUCCGACUUCACGGAUAAUGAUUCUCUAGACCUUAAAAGAUGGCCAACUUUUCUGGAGGGCUUAGAGGAAGUGAAGGCAAUAGGAAGAAUCUCUGGGCCAACGGCGAUGACCGGGCUUCUUAUGUACUCAAGAGCAAUGAUAUCGAUGUUGUUCCUAGGCUACCUCGGCGAGCUUGAGUUAGCCGGAGGAUCUCUCUCCAUAGGCUUUGCCAAUAUCACCGGCUACUCCGUCAUCUCCGGUUUGUCCAUGGGGAUGGAACCAAUCUGCGGCCAAGCCUACGGAGCUAAACAAAUGAAGCUUUUAGGACUAACCCUUCAAAGAACGGUCCUCCUCCUCCUCUCCUGCUCGGUCCCUAUAUCUUUCUCUUGGCUCAACAUGCGCCGAAUCCUCUUAUGGUGUGGCCAAGACGAAGAUAUCGCCUCUGUUGCUCAAAAGUUCCUUCUCUUCGCUAUCCCUGACCUCUUCCUCCUCUCUCUGCUUCAUCCUCUUCGCAUUUACCUCCGAACACAAAACAUUACAUUACCCGUGACUUACUCUACGGCCGUGUCCGUUCUCCUCCACGUUCCUUUGAACUACCUUCUAGUGGUGAAACUGGAAAUGGGAGUCGCGGGAGUCGCUAUAGCUAUGGUUUUGACAAAUCUCAACCUUGUAGUCCUCUUAUCUUCCUUUGUGUAUUUCACGAGCGUGCAUAGUGACACAUGGGUCCCAAUUACUAUUGACUCCCUUAAAGGUUGGUCAUCUUUGCUCUCACUUGCCAUACCCACUUGUGUGUCUGUUUGUUUGGAGUGGUGGUGGUACGAGUUCAUGAUCAUUUUGUGUGGACUUUUGGCUAACCCAAGAGCCACCGUGGCUUCCAUGGGAAUCUUGAUCCAAACGACGGCUUUGGUCUACGUAUUCCCAUCUUCUCUCAGCCUUGGUGUCUCUACAAGAAUUAGCAACGAGCUUGGGGCUAAACGCCCGGCCAAAGCUCGUGUAUCCAUGAUCAUUUCACUCUUCUGCGCGAUCACCUUAGGCUUAAUGGCAAUGGUGUUUGCUGUGCUGGUUAGGCACCAUUGGGGUCGCAUGUUUAGCACGGAUGCAGAGAUUCUUCAGCUGACUUCCAUCGCAUUGCCCAUUGUGGGGUUAUGUGAGCUCGGAAACUGUCCUCAAACGACUGGUUGUGGGGUUUUAAGAGGCUGUGCAAGACCAACACUUGGUGCCAACAUAAACUUGGGUUCAUUUUACUUUGUGGGCAUGCCAGUCGCUAUUCUGUUUGGGUUUGUUUUCAAACAAGGGUUUCCAGGUCUCUGGCUCGGGUUGCUUGCAGCUCAAGCAACUUGUGCUUCUCUCAUGUUGUGUGCACUUUUGAGAACAGAUUGGGCAGUCCAAGCGGAGAGAGCUGAAGAGCUGACGUCACAAACUCCCGGAAAGACUCCUCCUCUUCUCCCCAUCGCCAGGUCUAAGAACCUGUCUAGCUCCGGUACAGAAGAUAUGAUGAGAACCAUGUUGGUUUAGAUUGAUAGCUAUUCUUUGGUGUCAUUUUCCUUCAACAUUGACGUAACGUACAUAUGUUCUUGUCAUCAUUUUUUGGAGUUUAUAUUGCUCCUUAAUUUCUACCUUUUGAUUCAAGAACGACUUUGUUUUGUGGGCUUUAGUGGUGUUUAUGUUAUUUAUGGUUGUAUGGGUGUGUGUGAUAGUUCUUAGCUUCAACUUUAGCAGUUUGUACUUGUGUGUUCCCUUUUGUAAUAACUCAUUUUAAUUUAAUAUCUUUAGCUUUGUCCAUUUCUAGGAGAAGGUGAAA